AUGCCAAGCAAGGAUUACUAUUUAAAACAGUUGAAUGGUUCUUUCAGCUACACUAAUACUGACUAUCGCGCAGACUCUUAUGAGAUACCCCUAUCAGAGGUGAGACCUGCUGGUCCUAGGCCGCAACCAGCCUCACUCACAGAUAAAAAUGUGCCGGAAAGGGGCGUAUGGGCUCGAUCCAUACAGAGUCUUCUUCUUUGUAUCUCCAUGUCGGUUGGACUUGGAAAUGUCUGGAGGUUUCCAAACGUAGCUUACAACAAUGGAGGAGGUGCCUUCUUGAUUCCCUACCUGCUGCUUUUAUUCAUCAUUGGAAGACCUUUGUAUUACCUUGAGCUUAUUCUAGGCCAAUUCUCUAGUCAAGGCCCUAUAAAGUUAUGGAAAGUUGUCCCAGCUUUCAAAGGAAUUGGAUAUGCGCAAGUUCUGUCUGUUUCUUUUGUGGUUGUAUUUUAUAACUACUUGAUGGCUCUAAGUAUAUAUUACAUGUUUCAUUCAAUGAGAGAAUGUUUGCCCUGGACAGAAUGCAACUAUCCAAACUUUUCCGAGCCUAACCUGACGGUUGCAGAAUAUUACUGGAGAAAUGACGUUCUUGAAUUGGACCCUGAAAACCCAGACACUUUUACACACAUCAGCUGGAAACUCUGCCUCAGUCUUUUAGUGACUUGGGCACUAGUUUACCUUUCUGUUGUUCAAGGAACGGAUUCUUUGGGAAAGAUGUCAUAUUUCACAGCAGUAUUCCCGUAUUUGGUCCUCGGUGCCUUGCUGGGUAUAUCUCUCAAGGAGAAAGGGUCAUGGGAAGGAAUCGUCUACUUCUUCAAGCCAGACCUCAAGAAACUGUUAGAAAUUAAGGUGUGGUACAAAGCUUGUGAGCAAUCCUUUUUCUCUCUUGCGAUUGGAUACGGGAAUAUUGUUAUGAUAUCAAGUUAUAACAAGUUUAGGAACAACGUCUAUAGAGAUGCCAUCAUCAUCAGCGUCUUAGACACAUUCACAAACCUCUUGGCGGGAUGCGUCAUUUUUGCCGUCUUAGGAACGCUUGCUUAUGAAAGAAACCAAGACAUCGCUUCGGUGGUUGACCAUGAAGGUCUCGGACUUGCCUUCGUUAUUUAUCCUCAAGCACUGGCAAACAUCCAUUUUGUACCGCAACUGUGGUCAGUGCUCUUUUUUGUAAUGCUUUUCACUCUCGGAAUAGGCAGCUCGAUGUCUCAGAUCGAGACCAUCCUGACGGUGAUCAAAGACAGGUUUCCUCGAAUGAGAGAAAAGAAAUCGUGGCUUGCGCUAUGCGUGUGCAUCCUCUUCUUUUGCCUUGGAUUGCCUCUUACGACAAAUGUUGGACAACAUAUUUUGGUGUUGCUCAAUAACUAUGGAGUUAGUGCAGCAAUAUACUUCUACGCAGUCUUGGAAGUUGUUGGAGUUAUGUGGAUAUACGGUUUGAAGAAGUUUUCUCAAGACGUUGAAUAUAUGCUUGGGUCCAAACCAGGAAUAUUUUGGAAAGUUACCUGGGCUUUCACCGCACCUGUUGCUCUUGUUGUUAUCUUCAUCUAUGGUAAUAUCUCUAUUGAGCAAGAAUCCAGCGGGCUUCCCCUAUGGGCGGAAAUAGCCGGCUGGAUUUUGGCCUUCCUAGCAAUUGUCCAAGUUCCAAUAUGGGGAGCAUAUGUCGUUUGGAAAAGUCGCCCCACGAAAUUAAAAGAAAAAAUCAAGGACAGUUUCCGACCUACGGACGACUGGGGACCAGCGGAUCCAGUAGAAAAAGCCGGUUGGCGUGCACUUCGAUACGGAGUGGAUCACCAAACUAAUAGAUACGUCUCACCAGUGUCCACGAUAUAUAGCAAUAGAACAUUCCAACACGACAAGCAAUGAAAUUAUUCUCCUGACAUCAAAUUCGGGAACUUUUUAUAUCACUUAUUUAAGUCAUACCAUUUCAUCAUCACCCAUGGAGACGUAUAUGUAAAUUGAUUAUGUA